AUGAACACUACACAAAUUACCAACAUUAGCGUACCAUCAUUUCAUGUGUCGAAUAUUCAUGCUCAACGUAACGUCUUAGAUACAUACAGUCGAUCAUAUAGCACGCUACAUGGAUAUGCAAGUUUGGUUAUUUGCGCUAUUGGCAUACCUUUGAACAGUAUCAAUAUAAUCGUUCUGACUCGGAAGAAAAUGCAAACACCAAUUAAUUGCAUAUUGACAUGGCUGGCUGUAUUCGAUAUGACAACAAUGAUUUCGUAUAUCCCAUUUGCGAUCCAUUUCUACUGUCAAUAUCCUGCAACAAAAAUAUCACCCAGCAAAAAUAGCUGGGGUUGGAUGAAUUUCCUACUGGUUUAUUUAAACGUUUCCGCCACUGCUCACACUAUAUCGAUAUGGCUAGCCGUGGCCUUGGCGAUAUUUCGCCAUCACCAUAUUCAUUCACCAGCAAAAGGGAACCUUACACGAAUUCGACGAUUAAUCCGAGCAAGGCUGGUAGUCUGUAUAAUUGUGAUAUCUUCCGCUAUUGCCAUGAUACCAAACUACAUGAGUCACACACUGGAAGAGGCACACAGUGGUGCGUACGUAUUCGAACCGUUGGACCUUGGAUCAGGAAAAGAGAAACCGAUAAUCCUUGUCGGGCUAAUUUUGUACAGUUGCCUCGCAAAGAUACUCCCGUGUUGCCUUAUCAUCGUGUACGGAUCGCUUCUUCUUAUUACGCUACAUGCAUCGCGACUGGCUCAUUCGAGGACGUCCAAUGACAGCACCGUGUCCGGCCAACUGUCAACAAGGACUAUCCGAACUUCUCGAACAACGAUAAUGCUCCUUAUUGUGAUAGUGUUGUUCUUGAUAACGGAGUUACCGCAAGGUGUUUUAAUACUAUUUUGUAUAUUUAAGGAGCACUUCUUUGAACAGAUUUACAUUCCCUUGGGUGAUACAAUGGAUAUAAUCGCAUUGGUGAAUAGCGGUAUAAAUUUUGUUCUGUACUGUACAAUGAGUCAGGAGUUUCGAAAAACGUUUAUUCGCCUGUUUUGUAGACUUAAUCUGAACAGAGGAGCACAAAGGUCCUAUAUAUCAACACGAAACGAACAGUGUCAUGUCUGA